GCAGAGCUGGGCGCAGUCUGCAUCUGGCCUGAACUCCUACUGAGCAUGACUGCAAGGUUGUGACACCAGCAACGGAGAGCAGCUCCCGAUCCUCAGCUCUCCCCAUGUGCUGCAGAGGCCAAAUAUGACCGCAGAGAUGGGUGGUAACUGUGCCAUCUGCCAAGACUCUUGUGAUGACUUGGCUUCUGCUCUGCCCUGUGGCCACAAGUUCUGCCGGGGCUGCAUCCUGCAGUGGGCGCAGACAAAUCCAUCAUGCCCACUGUGCAGAGGAGCAAUAGAGACUGUCAGGUUUUCUGAUGAUGCAGAGACACCACCCCGAGCUGUCGGCGGUGUCCUGCCUGAGGUCUGGGCACGACUUUUCCGUCGACAACGGGAACUUCUGGACCCUGUGCGGACGUGGCUGAACCAGAGGGUGGAGACCAUCCAAAGGGAUGAGUGGUGGAUGGCAAGGAGCACACAGAGUGCCAUUCUGUAUGCUCUCUGUGUGUAUGGGCCAGACCAGGAUAACUUGAUCCAGAGCUUGCAGGAUGUCCUGGAGGAGCACACAGUGCCACUGGUCCAGGACACCAUUGACAUCAUUGUGAGACACUGCAGCUCAGAGGCCCAGAGGCUGCUGCACUCCCAUGCUGCUGCGGGUGAGGAUGACAGUCCAGAAGCCAGCAGCAGCUCCAGCAGCUCCAGUUCCAUAUUCUCCACCUCCUCUAUGUUCUCCAGCUUCUCCAUCCCUAACAACCCAAACAACCCAAACAACCUCAACUCCUUCAGCCCCAACAGCUCCAGCUCCCCUGGCCCCAACAGCCCCAAUUCCAGCUUCUCCAGCUCUUGGACACGGGUUCUAGCCAGCAGCCCUGAAGUCUCUGUGGAGGAAGAAGAGGAAGCUGCCACAAUGGAGGCCACCCCUGCCAGGGGUCAAAGCCACUCUCCAGCUAUGCCAGUGUCCCCAGAGCAGGACCAGCCCCAGGAGGAGGCAGGUCCCUCUGUCCAGAGCAGCAGACCCUCUGGUCUCACCCAAGGCACAUACUUCUCACCUGGGCGGCCCCAGCGGUCCCUAAAGAGAAAGGCUUCUGACCCUAAAGACUCUCCCCCCCUCUGCAAGAGAUCCCCCCGCCAGUAG